UUAAUACGCACUUCUUGCCAAACAUGUAUGUAUUAUCUUUGAAGUGGUCCAAAAGGAGAACGUAAUUCGAAGGUGGUUAAGAGUAAAAUCGGAGCGCAGCGAGCCCCACGUCUCCCCCGUGUGCGCACUGGCGACGCAGACGCACAGCAGCACCUCAUCCAACCAACGUUGCUUCCACUUUCGCAGCAGCCUCGCGUGGGAUUCACAUUCAAAAAAAAAAAGUGGUCGCAACAACGGCUCCAUUCGAUCAUCGCCCGCGUGAGCGAAAUGACGAUCGGACUUAAGCGAUGGAUGCAGUCAAAAGUUCCUGUUGCCUUGCGGAGGUGAGGCGUUAGUGGAGAGAACCAAUUUUUGGUCUCGAGUGAGAGACUACAUCGAACUUUAAUCGGGCAUCUCCCCGCGAGGAGUGGCUCAGAGGUUCUUCUCGAGUUCUUUCACACAACUCGAACCAGCCUGACAGUAACUCGGGACCAGAAGUUGGGAUUUCGAUGAACUAACUGCACCGCAAUACGCCUUCAAAAUCUGGAAUACUCCGGCUGCUGCUCUUUUGAAGGAUGCCUGCUUGUUUCAGGGGGAUUUGCUGGCUUUUGGCAUUUCUGCACCUUUGUUCAGGGUCUCGUCUUCGUCAAGAGGACUCCCCUCCCCGUAUUGUUGAGCACCCCUCGGACCUGAUUGUGUCCAAAGGUGAACCAGCCACUCUCAACUGUAAGGCAGAGGGCCGUCCACCACCCACGGUCGAGUGGUACAAGGAUGGUGAGCGUGUGGAGACCGACCGGGACAACCCUCGCUCGCACCGCAUGCUCUUGCCUAGCGGGUCGCUCUUCUUCCUACGCAUUGUCCAUGGACGGCGCAGCAAGCCCGACGAUGGCAGUUACGUGUGCGUGGCCCGUAACUAUUUGGGCCAGGCGGUCAGUCACAAUGCGUCGCUGGAAGUAGCCAUUUUACGUGAUGACUUCAGGCAGAACCCCGUCGACGUCAUGGUUGCAGCGGGCGAACCUGCGGUGCUGGAGUGCCAGCCACCCCGUGGACAUCCGGAGCCCACUAUCUCAUGGAGGAAAAAUGGGUUGAAUUUAGACGACAGGGAGGAACGGAUUACAAUCCGCGGUGGCAAGCUGAUGAUCACCAAUAGCAGGAAGAGCGACGCAGGAAAAUACAUUUGUGUUGGAACCAACAUGGUCGGCGAACGCGAAAGUGAAAUCGCUGAGCUCACCGUGCUUGAGCGCCCCACCUUCCUCAAGAGGCCCAGCAAUGCGGUGGUGCUGGCAGACGGGAGUGCGGAGUUCCACUGUGCAGUUCAAGGUGAUCCUGUUCCUACCGUCCGCUGGAGGAAAGAUGAUUCGGAGCUACCGAAGGGCAGGUAUGAAAUCCUUGAAGACCACACUUUGAUUGUUCGCCAAGUGACCUCUUCAGAUGAGGGUUCCUAUACAUGUGUGGUGGAGAACAUGGUUGGGAAGUCUGAAACAUCUGCCAUGCUUACCGUUCACGUGCCGCCAGCAUUUGCCUUACGUCCCAGGAACCAGGUGGCAGCGAUAGGCAGGACUGUCACCUUUCAGUGUGAGGCCACUGGAAACCCGCAGCCCGCUAUCUUCUGGCAGAGGGAGGGCAGUGAGAGUCUCUUGUUCUCUGUACCGCAGCCGUUCAGCCGUGUGUCAGUCUCCCAGAUGGGCAGUUUGACCAUCACCGACGUUCAACAAUCUGAUGGCGGCCUGUACAGCUGUCAGGCUCUCAAUAUUGCUGGCAGCGUUAUUACCAAAGCGCUGUUGGAGGUUACGGACUCUGGCUCAGAACUCCCUCCCCCUGUAAUUAGACAGGGGCCGGUCAAUCAGACUGUUCCUGUGGACAGCACUGUGGUAUUGAGUUGCCAUACAGCUAGCAUGCCACCUCCUUUGGUCCAGUGGAAGAAGGACGGUGUCGUGCUGUCACAAGUGGACACACGUUUAUCCGUAGCAGAAAGCGGAUCACUUGAGAUUCGUCACACAAAGGUGGGAGAUACAGGUUUCUACACCUGUGUGGCUUCUACUCCCAAUGGAGAGGCCUCUUGGACGGCAUAUUUACAAGUCGACGAGUUUGGGGUCAUUGUCCAGACGAAUCGACCGUCCGGUCCCGAGCUGAUGCCUGGUGCUCCAACUAAACCAGAGAUCACUGACAUUAGCCCCACUUCCGUCACUCUUUCAUGGAAGCCCAGCACCAAUGGUGGGACCAUGCCUACAUCUUACCUAAUAGAGGGAUUCAGUCAUACUUUAGGCAGCAGAUGGGUGACCCUCGCCGAGCAUGUGAAGAUGCAGACGUUUGUACUGAAGAACCUGAAGCCUGGCACCGUCUACCUUUUUAUGAUCAGAGCUGUCAAUGCUUACGGUCUCAGUGACCCUAGUACCAUCUCAGAUUCGAUCCGAACACUCGACGGCACUUAUACAGCUGAGGGAACUGAUCCUCGCCACAUCCAGAGGGAGUUGGGGGAUGUGGUGAUCCACCUAAACACCCCCAUUGUUGUGUCAUCUUCUGCGGUCCGGGUAAACUGGAUAGUUGAGCAGCACUCACUGUACAUUCAAGGCUACAAGCUGUUGUACAGGCCCUCGGCUGAACACGGUCAACCUGAGGGCCGCUGGAGUGUCCUCGAUGUACGUGCCCCACAUAAGGACGGCGUGGUGAUCGGUCAGCUCAAGAGAGGCGCCAUCUACGAGUUCAAAGUGCGGCCCUUUUUUGACGAAUUCCAGGGAGCUGACAGUGAGGUGAAAGUGAUCAGAACAUUGGAAGAAGCACCAAGACAAGCCCCCCAGGAUGUUAAAGUAACAAAGAGCGAUACAAACGGCACUGUAAUCCUCAUAUCUUGGAAAGCACCUCCAGUCCCAGAAGAGGCAGGAGUUAUUCAGGAGUAUAAGAUCUGGUGUCUGGGCAAUGAGAGUCGCUAUCACGUCAACCAGUCAGUCGACGGCUACACGUUCUCCGUGCUCGUUCCUGGUCUGUCACCUGGGAUCCGCUACAGCGUAGAGGUCGCGGCAAGCAAUGGUGCCGGACCUGGUGUCAAGAGCAAGGUCACGUUCUUUCAGUUUGACUCUGCUGGCCAGAUGAUGGACCUCAGCGAGGGAAAGGACACCCUGUCACACAUUUCAGACGUGGUGAAGCAACCAGCGUUUAUUGCGGGCAUUGGCGCCACCUGCUGGUUUGUCCUGAUGUUUUUCAGCGUGUGGCUCUACCGUCAUCGGAAGAAGAGAAGUGGCCUCAGCAGCACAUACACAGGCAUCCGUAAGGUGCCAUCAUUCACUUUUACACCAACGGUUGCAUAUCAAAGAGGAGAAUCUGUCUGCAACGCUGGCAGACCGGGUCUUCUGAGUAUGGCGGAACCUCUGAACCAGCUGUGGCUGCCAGACAAUUGGCCGAAUACAUGUGCCAAUCAUAAGGACUGCAGCAUCAACUGCUGCAAUAAUGGGAAUGGCACCAGUGACAGUAACAUGACAACAUACAGCAGACCAGCCGAUUGCAUUGCCAACUAUGGAAAACACCCAGACAACAAACACGGGGGACAGCUCGGCUCCGAGACAGCGAUUUACACCGACGUGAACCUCAGCGACAAGCUCAAUGAGAUCAAGACAUUCAACAAUUCUAACUUGUGCUAUGCAAGUCCAGGAGGAGAUUCAUCGGAUGCAUAUGAACCAAUCCCCUAUGCUACCACCCAGCUUAUUCAAGCCAGUAUUAAAAAUAAGGCUCAUGCAUUGGAGCCUACGGACAUGCCCUGUUGGAAUCAGCCACCAAAUCCUCCUCCACUACCAAAAGAGAUGGCCACACAGAUGCAAUACAACAUCAUGGAGCAAACCAUUCUUAAUCAAGAUCAUCCACAAGGAAAUGAAGGCUUAGUCCAUCACAAAACCAUCCCCUACAACCAUAACCAAGAUCACAGUAUGGUAGGCUCGCUCCACAGCUCAGACAGGGGUAGCAACAGCACCUCAGGAAGUCAAAAUCAAAAGAAAGGACCCCGGGCCAUGAAGAAUCCAAAACAUACUGCAGUGAGCUGGGGAGAUGCUCUUUCUCCUCCUCAUGCUAUUGCCUGGAACGGUGAUGAGUACAGCCUCCCCAUGGACAAGAGUUUUGAUCCAGAAAAGAGAACAGAAGUCUGCCCAACUCCACCAAUUAGAGGGGCAGCAUCAUCUCCUGCUGACAUGUCCUUUAGUCAACACGCGAACACACACCCACAGGGAAUCACCAGCAAUGGUGUGCAUGAUGGAAUCAACCACCUCAGCUCUACCCCUCUGUACAUGGACACCGAUGAACAAGAAGAGGAUGCAGAGGAAGAGACGGCACAUCCCGAAAACCACUAUCAUCUGCACAAAAACCAACAGCACAAGCAAAAGUUGCCUCACAACUCCCCGCACAAGCUGCUUCUCCACAGGCUGGAACAGACCCCCGCCUCCAGCACCGGGGAGCUGGAUAGAUCGGUCACAGGGUCCAUGGUAAACAGCUGGGGCUCUGCAUCUGAUGAUAACUUAUCAUCGGGCAGGUCCAGCGUUGUCAGCACCUCGGAAGGAUCUUUCUUCACGGAUGGAGAUUUCUGUCAGGCAGAAAGCCUGCGUAUGUGCAGAUAUGCCGAGGAGUCAGGGCAGCAACAUCACCGACCCAGCAGUCCCAUGUCCACAGACAGCAACAUGAGUCCUUCAAUAAUGCAGAAAGGACCCAGAAGGUACAAGCAGAGCCAGUGUGUGCAACCAAGCUAUCAUCCCAAAGAUGCCUUCAAUGACGACUCCCUCAUGCCUCUGAAUUUCCCCAGUCAGAUGUCCCAUAGUGACUUAAGAGUACGGGGGGCCACGUUACCCCGGAUGGGUUCUGGAGAAGCCCGGGGCCGGAGAGGCAGCACCGGGACUCACCGCAUCAAAGAGGAACCAUUUGAAGAUGGCGAGAGCCAGGACGUAGAAAAGAUUCUACCAAGGGGAAAAGGAGGCAGCAAAAUCAAACAACACUCAGAAUGUGGAGACAUUCUUCUGUACAGUCGCCCCUCUUUCCCAUCGGGUCCAGCUCAAAGUGAGCAUGAUGACCCCAACGUAUCCAGCAUUAUACUUUGUGACGGCUCGAGGAUCAAACACAAAGGGCAGAUGGAGUCUGUGGGAGUAGAUGAGUUCCUGAAAAGUUGAAAACCUUUCUGAUGACACCGCAACAUCUGACAACUGCCUCACUGAAGGACUUGGGCUGGGAGGCGUGGGGUGGACAAUAAAGAAAAGACUAAGAUACAGCACAAUAAAUGCUCUUUUUCUAUGUCAAAUUUCUCACUCGAUGUUGGUUAAAAAAAAAGUGCUCAUGUUUAUGUCUGUGGACUUUAUUCUGGCUGACCGUCUGUCACAGGACUGAAGAAAGGUGUCACUCAGUGAUGUAAGAUAAAUGCGCACGUUAUGGCCGAUGUGGUUGCUGACAAAAAAAAAUAUUGUAAAAUGAUGAGCGUUACUCGUGUGUUCUAAAAAUGCUUGUGCCAUUUCCAGACAUCUUGUAAAUUGUUUACUGCCACAGAAGUGCUUCAAAUUGAAAUUUGAUGUGACAGUGUUAAUGUUUUAUAGGUGAUGUAUAUCUUGUCCUCGGUUGGUUCUACUUUGGUUAGAAAAGCACAAUCACUUAUUAUUAUUAUUAUAAUUAUCGUACGCAUUUUGUGGAAUUGUGUAAAUCAUUUGCUAAUUUCACUUGAUUCUGAGAAAAUGAAUGUUGAUCUCAAUUGUGCAUCCACUUGCGUACAUUUUUAAGCUGCUUUCAUUUGGAAGUGAGAUCUGUGUAUUGUUUUGUUUUUCUUUUGCAUGCACAUUCUCCUCAUGGAUGUACGACUUCAAGAUUUUGCUCUUGGCCUGGUUCUUUUUUGUAUUUUUUCUCAGUGAGUUCAGUUUUCCUUUUGUCCUCUUCACUUGACCUUGGCCAUAACUUUUUAAAAUUAACUCUGGUCUCUUUCUUCUCUGAUUAAUCUCAUCCUGAACUAAAUACCUAAAGUGCAUUCAUGAGGCACUCUGCCCGCAGUAAAUUGAUGAAAUCUGGUUAUCUUGUGAAAUUUCAAAGUUUCAAUAUAUGAAAUAUGCUUUUGAAUCACAGUCAUGUUAUUUUCCAUUGCCAUAAAUAAUUAUAAGUCAAACUACAUUUAACCAAUCCAGAGCCAGAAAAAAAACAAAAUUGAUAGUGUGUAUCAUAUGUUUCCAAUGUUUUUUUUUUUUUUUUUGCAACACACGGCAAUGCAUCCCGGCAAAGCAGGCGUGUUGUCUUUUCAAGAACAUGAAUGUAAUCACUCCGCUAUAUUCUCUGGGAUUUCUGUAUUUUGACAGUGAUGUAGCUGAGGCCAAAGGUCAACUCGUUAUAUGACUUAUUUUGAUCAAGUUCUUUCUGAUUUGAGACGUAAUUGGGGUGAAAGGUCAUAUUGGUCAUUUUGUUUUUCCGAACAUCACUCGACCAAUUAUCAACCAAUGGUCCUGUCUGCUAAUCAGUGAUUGCUUCAACUACACACUUGUCUGCACCCGUUUUCUACUUUUGUAAUCUUCCUGAACCAGUCAUGCGCAAAAUAUUCAACUCAUUAAGUUUAUUUAUUUUAUGCUUCAGCUCGCAGUAUUGAAAGCUUAUGAAUUGUAAAGAGUAGGAGCAAAAAGGACGCUUCAGUCUUGUGGAAAAUGUUCCAUUCAUUUCUUACAGCGGUACUGUACUGUUAUGAAAACUUGUAUACAUUUAUUUGGAAAAUAGCUGUCAUUCUGUCCCACGGUUUACAAAUUAAACAUGAUUUCCAAAUGCCA